GCUGUGAGCAGCAGCGUUCCGUGUCUGUGACUCUUUGGUUCUUUUGUUGUUUUGUGACGGAGUUUGUUUUAGAAAAAGUUGGUGUCGUUGUGUGAAAAUGUCUAAAGUCCAAAUGCUGAGAGCGUUGGUGAAGCAGCGACUAACUGCGGCUGCUGAAGAGAUAUUUGGGCUGUUUGAAAGAACCAUAGUAGAGUACGAGGAGGAACUUUGUCGUUCCAAAGAGGAGAACCACCGACAGCGACACCUGCUGGACUCCGUGUUCAGUUCUGAAGAUUUUCAGCAGCAGCUGGCGGACAGAGAGGCCGCUCCCCGGCAGCUGGCGGACAGAGAGGCCACUCCCCGGCAGCUGGCGGACAGAGAGGCCACUCCCCGGCAGCUGGCGGACAGAGAGGCCGCCACCCGGCAGCUGGCGGACAAGGAGGUCGCCCCCGGGCAGCAGGACUGGAACUCUAGUCUGGACCAGCAAGACCAAGAUCUCCUCCACACUAAAGAGGAAUUGCAGGAACUAUGGGCACAACAGGCAGGAGAGCAGCAUCAAAAACUGCAGGAGGACAUCUUCAUCACAGGGUUCCUGCGGACUCAUGUCACUGUGAAGACUGAAGAUGAAGAGAAACCUCAGUGCUCUGAACUUCAUCCCUUCCAGGAGGAGCAGGAAGAGGCAGUGCCUCGACCCAGCAACUCAGUGCAACACAUUGAGACAGAAUCUGCUGGAGGAGACUGUGGAGGACCAGAACCAGACAUGAAAGCAGAUCCUGAUGGUGACGAUCAGCCAGAUACCGGUCCCAACUGGAUGGUCACCUCAGAACCUCAGUUAGGGUCUGCAUUUAUAGGAAACAGUUUAGUCCCUGUAAGUGAUAAGAAAUAUAAAACUGGGGAGAAACCACUCAGUUGCUCCGAGUGCAAUCAAAGGUUUAAGUACAAGUACAUUCUGAAGGAACACAUGAGACGCCACACAGGAGAGAAACCGUUCAAGUGCGUGUUCUGUCCCAAACAUUUCAGGCUGAGUGCACAAGUGGAGAUACACAUGAGAGUGCACACAGGAGAGAGACCAUACGUUUGCUCCGUCUGCAACAGAACCUUCACGCAAAGGUCACAUCUAACAGGCCACAUGAUCGUCCACACCAGAGAGAAGACGUUUGGCUGCACCAGAGAGAAGACGUUUGGCUGCAGCGUCUGUAAGAAAAGCUACACCUCAAAGUCGUACCUGAAAAUCCAUAAGUGCUGCUGAUCUUGGAUCAGCUGUGAACUCUGAGUGCGUCUGGUAAGCUGGAGUCCUGGGAUCAGCACACGCUCAGUACUGAUCCUGGACGCUCACUGAAGAAAGGAGAAGACAUCCCACCCAGGACCUGAGGCCUGCUGGUGCUGGAUGGGACGCCAGUCCAACUCAGGUUAUUUUUCUGUGACAUCUCAGCAAAUUAAGCACCAGCUACCGUUUGUACACUCACACAGAAACGCUGCCGCUCGUCUGCUUAUUUUAUUAACAACAACUAGCAAUGAACCAGUAUACAGUAUCAUCAUACAAAUUCUAAAUAGAAUCUGUAUGAUGACAUAUUUAAACUUAUUUUACAACUUUUAAAGGUUAACUUUGAAAGUCAAAUGUAUAUUUUAGAUUAGAUUCAACUUGGUCAUUGUGCAGAACUGAUGACAUGCAGCUGACAUCCAACCAGACGUGCAAAAAAGUGCAACGUGCAAAUCAAAUAAUACGUACAGUUAAGAGUGAGGGAGACAAAUGACGACGUGUACAGUAACGUAUAAAUAAACGACCACAGUGACAUAAGGACAUCAGUAUGUACAAGAUUGUAGGAACAGAUAUGAUUGUAGUGAGAUUACAGGAUAAAUAAAAUAUAUUGCACAUGAUUUGUGUCAAUUGUUUGACGGUGAAAAGCAGGAACAUCUGCUGUGACAGUGCAACGAAAAUGUGGUAAGCAGUGCACGGUAACAUGCAUUGUUGGUGGAGCUUUGUUCCAUGAUGUAACAGCCUCUGAGAAGAAGCCCUUCCUGGGCCUGCUUGUGCGGGUGCUUAGAUACCCGUAUCUCCUCAGACCGUGGUACAGGUGAGGGGCAUCCUGAUGGUACAUUGUUUAUGGUAAAUGUCAUGGAUGGGGGGGUUGGGAGCCAAUUGUCCUUUGGGCAGGUUUUACAACCCUUUGUAGUGCUUUGAGGUCACAGUACCUCACAGAGAUACAGUUAGUGAGGAUACUCAGUGGUGCAGCGGUAGAAGUCCGUAGAGAUUGUAGGUGCUGAUGCCCCUUUUUGACCAGGUGGAGGAAUUCAGAGCCCAAGAGAGAUUUUCUGUGAUGUCAAUCCCAAGGAACUUGAAGCUUGGGACGCGCUCCACUACAUCUCCGUUGGCGUGAAUGGGGGUGUGCGUUUUUCUUUGGGCUUGCCUGAAAUGGCGCCAACUGCUGCCGUCUUUGAGAGAAAAUCUCUCCUGAUGAAAUGUGAACAACCAAAAGAUGUCAAUUUGAGAUGAAAAUGUUUGGGAAAACUGACAGUUAUGGUUAUUCAGGUG